AGCGGGGCCCCUUGCCGCAUCCUCCCGAGCCGCAGGGCGGGGUGGGGGGCGGGGCGCGAUGGGGCAGAUCGGCUCGAGCCCCUCGGGCCUGGGCAAGCUCUUCACGCUCUGUCCGCACGACUUCUACGAGGAUGAGGGUUUCGACAACACCUACGAAGUCGACGAGGGCACGCGCGCAGUCGUCAGCAGAUUGUCUUCCGUUUGUGUGCCGGCAUGGGUAAGCAGUAGCUGAAUAAGGAGGGCACGUUAGGCUGCUGUGGAUAGAGGAAAGGAGCAGCCUCACAGAAACCCGAACACAAUGGCAGCUUCGGGCAUUCGGGCACGUGAUCUGUGAAGAGGCACCCUGCGUGUAGACUGAAGCAUCCCGAUAACAUUACGCUGGUGCAUGCAACAUAUUUCCAGCAUUGCGCCAGCGCGAAUGCGGCUCCGACACACGGCACCGCUUUGAAUCGAAGUCGGACUUCAGAAAGCAGUGCUCUCAACCAUGACUUAACGUUGUCCCAGAGAAAUAUUCGCAUUCGAACGUGAUUCGAGCAUGGCCAAACGAGUGUUGUGAUGUAGUUCUGACUGUCGCCACAGAUCAGCAAGGCAGAAGAAGAGCCC